AUGAAUUCCGCAAAAAAUUUAUUUUUGAGUGUUGGGGCCCUGUGCUCCUUUGUUAUUCUUGUUUUAUUAUUUGGAUUAAUUUUUUAUAAAUUAUUUGGAGGCAGUGGAGAGGGAGAUUUGUUGAAAUCAACGAAAAUACCCACAAUUUCACCGUCUUUUAAAGAGUCAUCUGCAACAAAUCGCCCAACCUCAACCAACAAAACAAGUGUUUUGUCCAAUUGGAGGGGAUUUAAGAGAUUAUGGAAGGCUAAUAAUGAGUUAGAAAGGGCUCAAUUAAUUGUACAAAAUGUUAAUAUGAAUCCGAAUUCGACGUGGAGUGCAAGAUUGAAUAAAUAUACUAUUGGGUAA